AUGACCAAGGAUCGGCUUGGAGCCUUAAAGGCUGCCCAAUCAGAAGAUGAGGGCGAUGAGGACAUGCAAAUGGAUACGGACAAUGCCCAGUUCAUGGAGGAAUUCUUUGAACAGGUAGAGGAAGUGCGUGGCAGUGUCGACCUUAUCGCCCAAAAUGUGGAGGAGGUCAAGAAAAAGCACUCGGCGAUCCUGUCCAAUCCCGUCAAUGACCCGAAAACGAAAGAAGAACUGGAUGAAUUGAUGGCAUCAAUAAAACGGACGGCAAAUAAAGUUCGAGGGAAGCUGAAGAUGAUUGAAAAUGCGAUUGAACAUGAUGAAUCGGCUGGCCAAGUUAACGCAGAUUUGAGGAUAAGAAAAACACAGCAUUCCACACUAUCACGGCGAUUCGUCGAGGUGAUGACCGAUUAUAACAAAACGCAGACAGACUACCGUGAGAGGUGUAAAGGAAGAAUUCAACGACAGCUUGAUAUUGCUGGAAAGCAAGUCGGGGAUGAAGACUUGGAGGAGAUGAUUGAGAGCGGAAAUCCUGGAGUGUUUACCCAGGGCAUUAUCACGGAUACCCAACAAGCACGACAAACGUUGGCUGAUAUUGAGGCAAGACACAACGACAUCAUGAAAUUGGAGACGUCCAUCCGAGAACUCCACGAUAUGUUCAUGGAUAUGGCCAUGCUUGUCGAAAGCCAGGGUGAAAUGGUCGAUCGAAUCGAGUACAACGUUGAACAUGCCAAAGAAUUUGUGGAUCGAGCAGUUGCGGAUACAAAGAAAGCCGUUCAAUAUCAGAGCAAAGCGCGGAGGAAGAAGAUUUGCAUAAUUGUGUGCCUAUGCGUGUUGAUCCUUGUCGUGAUCCUUGUCGUCGUCAUUUGGGUCGCCGUGUCGUCAUCAACCGCCAAGAAAAUCGCCCCGAAU